ACACCAGUAGUUGUCAUGGCGAUGGAGUCAGCCUUGGCGUCGGCUCCAGGGGUUGUUGCCAUGGAGAUCCCGGUGCGAGGUGCGCUCCCGGUGGUUGAGGAAGACGAGGGCUACAGCGCGCCGCCGCCGGGGUCCGAGGAGCGACUACGGUACCGCCGAGGAGGUGGAAGACGUAGGCGCGGGGUGCCGUUCAACCGGGGCGGCUACUACAUGCUGAUAGUGAUCGGGGAGAUCGGCACAGAGCACCAGCUGGACACCGCCAGAGCGCAGAUAGAGCGGGGAAUUCGAUCCUGGGACGUGGACCUCAAGUGCUGCAACCUUGAUCAGCAGCUGCAGCUGUUUAUAACUCGUCACUCCGCCCACUUCUCCUCCGAGGUCAGAGGACAAAGAACUCUACACCACAGAAGUGAUGUCCUAGAGACUGUAGUCCUCGUCAACCCUUCAGGAGAAACCGUUGUAUCAGAGAUCCAGUCUCUCGUCACAGACUCAGCAGGACACAAGCUUCUGGUUUUGAGUGGACAAAGCUCAGAUCACGGUGGCCUUCUUCUUCAAACUGGGGUUUUCACCUACAAGACCUUUACACGUGUAUUUGCUGAUCCUGGGGUCAGUGAAUUACUGGGCACAACAGUCCCCAAGCAGCAGGCUACACUUACUGUGUCCUGCCGCGGGGAGGUGGGCUGGAGCUCCCUGGGACAGCAGCAGACCCUGCGGGAGUUUCUGGAAUACAAACUAAACCCUGAGUCUGUCCUUCCCAAGAUGGAGGGCGUCACUGAGUUCACAGAGUACAUCUCUGAGACGGUCGACGUCCCUUCACCUUUUGACCUCUUGGAGCAACCCACAUCCGGUGGCUUCCUAAAACUGUCCAAGCCAUGUUGCUACAUCUUUCCUGGUGGACGAGGAGACUCUGCGCUCUUUGCUGUGAAUGGCUUCAACAUCUUAGUGGAUGGAGGCUCUGAACGAAAAUCAUGCUUUUGGAAGCUGGUCCGUCACUUGGACCGCAUUGACUCGAUUCUACUCACACACAUUGGCGCUGACAAUCUCCCAGGUAUCAAUGGGCUGCUUCAGAGAAAGAUAGCAGAACAGGAGGAGGAGCAGUCUCAAGGCUCCACCAACUAUAGCGACUGGAUGAAGAACUUGAUCUCUCCUGAACUAGGUGUGGUAUUCUUUAACGUGCCAGAGAAGCUCCGUAUGCCAGAAUCUAAUCUUAAAGUAAAACGCAGCAUCGAAGAGGCCUCCUUGACUUUGCAGUACCUGAACAAACUAGGAAUCAAACCGGAGCCUGUCUUUCGAGUGGUGAGCAACACCAUUGAGCCCAUUACUCUGUUCCACAAGAUGGGAGUGGGCAGGUUAGACAUGUAUAUUCUCAACCCUGUCAAAGACAGUAAAGAGAUGCAGUUUUUAAUGCAGAAGUGGGCUGGGAACAGCAAGGCCAAAACCGGUAUUGUGCUGCCCAACGGGAAAGAGGGAGAAAUAUCUGUGCCCUACCUGACAUCGGUUACAGCCUUAGUCGUCUGGCUGCCUGCCAACCCUGCAGAAAAGAUAAUCAGAGUGCUGUUCCCUGGGAAUGCACCACAAAACAAGAUCCUAGAAGGGCUGGAAAAAUUAAAGCACCUUGACUUCUUGCGCUAUCCUGUAGCCACACAAAAGGACAUUGCCUCCGGAGCACCUCCCUCUGUUAUAAAACAAACCAAGUUAAAACAAAGAACAGACAGCAAAGAAAGUCUCAAGUCGUCCCCGAAGACCACUGCAAAGGCUUCAAAGAAAGAAACUGAAGGACAAGAUGAUGUGUCAGCCGCCACAGAAGCAAAGAGCGACUCUGUCAAGGAAAAUAUAUUGGAGAAAAAAGAGGAGAAAAAGCCUACCAAAACUGUAAAAUCUAAAGCGGAUGUGCCAGAAAAGAAAAAGCUCCUAAAAGACAAAUCCUUAAAAAAGCACCCUAAGGAAAGGGUGUCGAAAAUGGAUGAGAAAAAGGACAAGGAAAAGAAAGAGAUCAAGAAAGUAAAGAAAGAUGACUUCACUAAAAAAGAUGAAAAGAAAGAUGUUAAGUCCAAAGAUGACAAAAAGAAGGACACAUCCAAACCAGAGCUGAGAAAAAUUACAAAGCCUGACCUGAAACCGUUUACACCAGAAGUCAGAAAGACUUUACACAAAGCUAAAGUGUCAAGUAAAGCAAAGGCUGGAAAAAUCAAAACAGCAAAGGCUUUGCCUGCUGAGCCGAAGCCAGAAGAGCCAAAACCUGAAGCUAUUCAACCUGAACCAAUAGAGAAUGGAGCUGUUGAGGUCACGUCUGUUCCCUCAACCCCCGAAGCCCUCACCAAGGAAUUUGUGGAUAUGAAAAAAGCUGAAGUUGUAGCUGCAUCAGCAGAGCCUCCAGACAGUUUUGAGCCGAGAGCACAAAGCCCUACCCAAGAGAAGCAGGAAGCACAAGAAACGAUAUUGGAAAUUUCACCUGGCACAAAGUCUCCGGAAAUGAAGGCAUCAGCCCCAGAAGCGAAAGUUGAAGUUGAAGACAAAGACAAGGACUUGACACAAGAGAGAGAAAUGGAAGAGGCUCAAAAGUUUGAGGAUGAAGGAGCCGCAACUCAGGAUGAGGAUGAAGAAGAUGAGGAAGAGGAGGCCCCAGCUGCUGUAAAGAAAACAGAAGAAGAGGAAGAAGAAGAUAUGGGAAUAGGUGAAGAGGAAGAUGAAGCAAAAUGGAAGGAUGAUGGGCUUGACAGGAAACACGAGUUAGAAGAAAUGGAGAAAUCAGAAAAUUUCUUUACUAAGGUUGUGACAGAAGAAGAUCUACAAAUGAUUCCAUCCGCGGAAGAUGAUGAUGAGGUGGUGGAGAAAGCCGAACUGGAGGAGGUGGAAGAUUUAGAUGUAAUAGCAGAUGAAGAGAUCAAACCUGAAGAUGUAGUUGAAGAAGAAAUGGUCACUGAAAGAAAAAACACUGAAAUUCUGACUGCAGCUGAAGAGGAAGAGGAAGAGGAAGAGGAGGAGGGCUACCUCUCACAUGUUGGCGGGGCCACGGCUCCCAUAACCUCAGUAGUUCAAGGAGCCGCUGCAGCCGAACCCAUCUCCUACAUCCAAGACGAGACCAUGCCCGGCUACUCUGAGACGGAGCAGACCAUAUCUGACGAGGAGAUUCAUGAGGAGGCAGAGGAGAGGAUACCACACCUUCAGUACGACGUAGGUGCCUAUGACAUCUCUGUUCCAGAUCAGACCGAAUCAUUUGUAAACAUUCACGGCAUGAUGGAGAUGCAAGCUAUGAACGAGAAAGGUUUCAUCCCAGGCGUGCAGGAGCCGGUGUCAGUGUUCACGAACAUCAUUACCGCUCCUCUGGCAGAAGAGGAGCAUGUGUCCUCUGCAACGUCCAUCACAGAGUAUGAUAAAGUUUCCUCCUUCCCUACUUCUAUCGCUGAAGACCAAUCUGUGACGUCCGGCACAGCACCUCCAGCUGAGGAACCACCCAAAAGCCCUGUUACCCUGUCCACCCCACCUGACGCCACCCCAGGCAAAGAGCAGCCACUCUCGGCAGGAACUCUUUCACCACCUUCUUUGGAAGAAGACAAACAAUCCAAGUCUCCAUCUGAUGACUUACAGCUUCCUGUUGCAGAAGCCAAGACGCCGGCAAAAGCUCAUGAAGCUUGUGAGGAAGAGGAGGAAGAAGAGGAGGAGGAAGACGACCAAACUCCUAAUGUUGACAUUUCACUUGAAAAACUUCAAGAGGGCUACGCUUCAUCCCAUUUAUUACAGGGUAAAGAGACAGAUCUUGAAAAGCUUGCUGGCUCAGUGUCUCCGGUUUCUAUUCAAGCCACCAAACCAGUCCACCUACCAGUUGAAGAGGAAAAUAAAGAUGCUGUUGCACCUAAAGAUAUUUCAUCUGUUGUGCCUACUAGACCUUUUGGAUCAGACUCAGUUACUUCAGAGAGCGAAGAGCGCUGCUUCAGUCCGGAUGAUGUCACUGUGAAAAUGGCCUCCCCUCCACAGUCUGGACCACCGAGUGCAGCUCACUCUCCUCUUCGUCAGUCACCAGUGGAAGACAAGACAAAGGUCUUCCCUGAAAUGGAACUGGAAAAGCAAGAGGGGCUCCUUGAUGUCGUCACAGCAACUGAAGACAACACUGAAAAGAAAGACAAAGCAAAAACAGAAACACAAAAAGAUGCUGAAAAACAGAAAGCAGAUCAGCAUGAAGUAGAAGUUUCAUCAUCUUUGGAGGAAUCCUUUGAGAAGGACAUAAAAAUGGUUCCAGCCUUAAAGGAGUCCGAAAAAGACACUUCAUCAGUACCAAAAGAUGAAGGCAAACAGGCAGAAACGAUCCCUGUUGCGUCUUUAACAGAAGUUCAUCCACCUGUGUCAGUGAGGGAGUCCCACAUCUCAUCUGGACAAAGUGAUGAAGAGGUUGACAACAAGCUCAAAGAGAAAGAUCCUAAACUGCCUGCUCCAGGUAAAUUUCCAGACAGGGACAGUCAUUUCCUGGAUGAUGUUGAUGAUGAGGAUGAUAAAAAGAAAGAUGAUGACGAUGAUCAUGAUGAUAAAUCUGCAGUUAAAACCGUCGAGACGGAACAGGAAAAAGUAAAGGACGACAUUCACGAUGUCAUACAAAUCAAGGAUGAGCAAAAACAGAAAUCUGUCAUCCAGGAAGAUGUUUCUGCCGUCACGUCCAUCACGGCUGAGAAAACAGUAGUAAAGGAUGAUACUUCUGAAAUAAAACCCAUAAAAGAAGAGCAAAUUGUAAAGGAUGUUAUCACUGUUGAUAGAGCCAUUACAGAUGAACCUGAAAAAGAACACACUCCUAAAGUAAAAACUAAAGAAGCAGAAAUUGAAAUUGUUGCUUCUGAAGUCAAACAAAUCAAAGAUGAGCAGAAGCAGAAAGAUGAUGAUUUUGACCUUAAAACCAAAGGUGAGGUGACGGAAACUAAGUUUAAGAGCAAUGAUGUGUCUGAUGGUGAGAUUUUGAAAGAGGAGGAAAAGAAGCAGACAGAUAAGGGUGAUAUGUUUUAUAUUAGCUCUAUGCAGACUGGAGAAAAAGAGAUUGAAAAGGGCCAUGCCACAGAUAUCAAGUCUGUUACAGACGAGAUGGAGAAAGAGGAAAAAGAUGAUUUGCCCAUUAAUGAGCCUGUUAAAGAUGAGAAAAAAAAGGAGACAGAAAUAUUUGAUAUCAAAGUGAUUGAGGAUAAGAAAGAGGAAAAAGAGAUGGAAAAGAUAGAUGAUUUAGAUACCAAGCCCUUUACAGAGGAGCAGAUGGAAAAGGAGAAAGACAUUGGUGACAUCACUGUUGCUAAACUCACCAAAGAAGAAGAAAUUAUUAGCAAGGCUGAUACGUCUGCUGUUACCACGAAAGAAGAACAGGGGCAAGAGAUUUGUAAAGAUAUUAUCUCACCCAUCAGCCUCACCACAGUGGAGGAAAAGGACGCAACAGUGAAUAAAGAUGAAAGUCCUGCUGCCAAGCAAACCACAGAGAAAGAGCAAGAGAUGAGUACAGAUGACAGUUCUGACACCAAACUUUCCAAGGAGCAGGAUAAAGAUAUGAAAACAAGCAAAGAUGAUGCUCACAUCUUCAUACCUACUAUACAAGAUGAUACUUCUGCUAUAAAACUUAUCAAGGCGGAGGAAAAAGAUAAACUGCCAAGUAGGGAAGAUACUUCUGCUGUUAAACCAACACUUGGAGAAGAAAAAGAACAAGAGGAAAAUAAAGAUGAUACUGCCAAGGUAGAAGCAAAAGAAACAUUUAAGGGAGACGUCAAACCUGUCAUGGAGGACAAAAAGGGUGAAGAAACAAUUAAAGAUAUCACUUCUCCUGUUCAACCCGCCAAAAUGGAGGAAGAGGAUGUAUUGAUGAGUGAAGGUAUUUCUGCUGUCAAAACAUCCAAGGACAAAUUUGUUGCUAAACCCACCACGCAAGAUGAAAAGGUGAAAGAAAUAAGUGACAAUAUUUGUGCUGUCAAAUCAGCGAUAGAGGAAAAAACAAAGAAAGCAGAGGAAACUUUCACUGAAGAAGUGUCAAUUCAAGAUCAUAGUGUUGCUAUCAAGGAAGAAAAAGAUACAGUAUUACUUAAGGAUGAUAUUUCAGGUAUCAAACCUACCGAGGAGGAAACCAAAGACGCUGCUGGUGUGAAAACCCCUGCAGAUGAGGAAAUUAAGGUAGAGUCAAAAGAUGUUACAUCUGAUGUAAAAUUAAAAGAGGAGGCAAAAGAAAUCCAAAAAUAUGACUUUUGUGAUAAAGAAAUUAAAGUAAAAGAGGAAGAAAUGGAAAAAGAGAAAGAAAAGAGUUCUGAUUUUGUCUCCAUUAAAGAGCAGAUGGAUAGUACUUCUGUCAAAACCAUGAUGGGUGACAAAGAGGUGGAAAUAGGUGACAUUUCUGUAGAGAAGUCUGAUAUCUUUGAUCACAAACCAAUUCUGGAGGAAAUUAAGAGUAAAGAAACUGAAAAAUGUAUAUCAAUAAAGGAGAAAGAAACAGACUCCAGUGUUGAGCAGCUCAAGAAAGAGGAGGAGUCAUCUAAAGUUGAAACCAUUGUCGAUGAAGUUAAAGAGAGCAGUCGUGAAGCUGAAUCCAUUAAACAGGAGACAGACACUCCAACAUUCAGUGCCAAAGAUGAGAAAAAAGGGAAAGAUGAUUAUCCUUUUGAGUCUGAAUCCAAGAAGGAUGAUAUAAAAGAGAUAGAUCUCCCAGUGUCUCAGACCUUGGAAGAGGAGAAGACUAAAAAGGAAGAUAUUUGUGAUGUAAGGGACAAGCAUAUACAUGAAGAAACCUCUGAUAAGCUUACUGGAACUCAGAAAGAGACGGAAACUUUCAGCGCUACAUCAGUAGAAAUACAGCAAGAUAAUUCUGUCACCACAUCAAGUGAAGACCUCAAACCACUGAAAGAUGACAUUUGUGUGUCAACCAGCCACAUCCAGGAGGAGAAAAAAGAGCAAGACAAAGAUGCAACUGUUAUUAUUCAAGACGAAAAGAUGGAUAAAGAAAAAGACGACACACAUGUUGCUGAACUGAGCAAAGAACAGAAAAUGGAAAAGGAACAAGAAAAAGAAUACACCUAUGAGACUGAUGACACAAAAGAUGACAAGACAAGAGCAGAAGAGGAUGAAAAGAUGAUUCAAAAAAAGGAUGUUGCUGACAAGAAGACAGAUGAGAUAAGUGAGAAAGAGUCCUCUGAUGCAGACCAAACCAAGGAGGAGAAAUGGGAGCGAGAGGAGUUGCAAGAGAAAGACCAGGACAAAGCAAUUAAACAACCUGCACAGACAGGAUUAGGAGCUGCAGCAAUGGCAUCCAAGUCCGAUUACAAACCUGCAUUUGUGGUGCAGUCCUCCGAUGAAGACAGAGAAGAUGAAGAUGAGGAGGACAUUUGUAUGGGAGGAGCAGGCUCCAGACCUUUGGCAGUGAAGCCGAGCAAAUCAGAACAUGACGUCUCGCCUGCAGGUCUGCCCUCAUCCCAAAAACCACAGACAAGUGACGAAACUAAACUUACAAUAUCAGCGCCGACCACAGUGGUCAUACCGAUACUUACAAUGCAGGAGCCGUCUAUUGAUGAAGACAUCAAAGAGUUUAGCAAAGAAGAAUCCAGGCUUUCACGUGAAAUGGGUGAAGAUGAAACCACAGCUGCACCACUUGCCAAGCCUGAGCCCUCCUUCGAAAUUGUCACAUCAAAGGAGGAGACAACCUCUAUUCCCAAACAAGAAAUGGCUUCUGAUGUCCUAGCAGCUAAAGCAGAAACAGCGUCUGACUCAACUGAGAAAAAGCCUGUGUUAUCAACAGUAUCAAGCACUGACAGUCAACCCAGGAGCUCUACACUCUCGAGUACUGAAAGCCAGUCCAGUGUUGAGGAAACACCACAACAAGAGAAAGUACCGUCCCAGACAAGCUCAGGCGUCAGUUCUACAGAAAAGACAAAGCUGGAUGAGAAACCAGAAAAGGAAGCAGAGAGGGAAAUGGAAGGAGAGCGAGAGGUGGCUUCUCCAGGUUUAUCACAGCCUUGUUCGUAUUUUAUGUUGGAUUCCGAGGACGUCAGCCACAUUGAAGUUGUAAAAUCAGACACUGCAAAAAUGACCUCGGAGAAGGAAAGGCUCAUAGACGAAGAACAAACCUUUUGUGCAUCCAAGUAUGACCCGUAUGAAAAGCCUAUUCCAAAGGAUCAUGACUCGGGCUCUAGAGAAGAAAGUGAGGUUUCUUUAGAUUUUGAUCACGCCUCUGAUAUUGGUAUUGAUGAUAACAGAAGAACAAGCCAGUCAGAGGCUGGAGGAGCCAUGUUCCUCCUGGAUGAUCAGUACAAAGAAGAGCCUCUGUCCUUUAGUAGAGUUGACUACAGCCCGGUUUCCCUCACAGAGAGUGAAAGAAGCAGCCACCACAGUCAAAGUGCCUCACCUAAAUAUGAAGACAGAGAGAAAGGCCAAGAGGAAGAGAGUGAGAGAGAAGAAAGACCAGAUACACCUUAUGUUGACAAGAGCUGUUCAUCCAUAGACAUUCAAGAUAACAAAAUGUCCCAGGCGGCUGAGUCUUAUUCUUUCAGUCCCAAAGAGGAUAAACCUGAGAAAUCAGAAAAAGAGAAAGAGGAUAUGAAGAAUGGUGCAGCAGCAGAAGCUUUUCAAACAAUGGCUACAGGAGAAAGUGGCACAGUUUCUGCCAGUGCUGUUCAAUCAGCAGACAUAUCAUUAAGACAAGAAACACCCUCUCCGUCAUGUAGCCAAUCCGAUCCUGUUACACAAGUUUCAGCUGCUCCCGUAGCUUUUGGAGAAUUCACAGAAAAGAGAACAACAGAAAAAGAGAAAGAAAAAUCUGCUGAGUCACUCAAAGACAAAAUGGAGUCCUCUGCUCAUGAAAGAGAGGGAUCUCCAUCUGGUCGGCAUUCACCUGCAGAAAAAGACAUUUUAACUCGACAAGCAUCACCUUUAACGAAGGCAGAAACUUCAAAUGAUUCAAGGACUGCAUCUGCUGCCACAUUUUCAGGACAUGAAAUAGACAAUAAUGUUUUGGCAUCUGACAAUAGUCAAGUUAGCAGCUCCGCCUCUUGUAAAUCAAUGUUAGACUUUCCUGAUGGAAAAGAGAGCCUAAUAGAUAAAAGGUUACUUGUAGAAGGGGAAGAUUUCAAUGUUGAUGAUGAUGAUGAAGAUGAAGAUGAGGAGGACGAGGGAGAAGAGGAGGAACUAAGUGAUGUAGAUGUGGAAAAGGGUGCCAGAGAACAGUCUGAAAAAGAAAUGUGCAGACGUAGCUCUGGUGAUAGUGCUACGUUAGCACAGGUAGAGGACUCAAAUAAAAAGUCUCAGCUGCCUGAAUCAAGCUUCCUCAAAAAGGAAACCAUCUGUAAACCAACACCUGAUGAUGCCUCAACUUCAGACAAGCAAGACGUGAGUCAAAAAUCUCCUCAAACAAAACCAGUCAAAGAAGAUGAUACAGCCAUAGCCCAACUUCCAGAAACAAGGAGUGAAGAUGGAUGUAAAAUAACUCUCUCACCAGACCCAAGUGCUCACAGAAUGGACGAAAGCAGUUUCUCUACAUCAGAUACUCCAAAACUUCCUGAAACAAAAAAAGCAGAGGACACAGAUGAAAAACAUUUGUCUCCUGAACCAACCACAAAGAGAAGGUUGUCAUCGGCAGAGGAUUUCACCUCGUAUAAAGUACCACAGUUAAAAAAAGGAGAUGACGACAAAGUUUCUACAUCCCCACACUUUUUGGAAAAGGAAACCUCUCAACCAACAUCCACAAGCAGCUUGUCAGGAAGCUUUUUCCCAACUGACUGUUCAGAGACCAUGUCCAAGACUACCUCUAGUCCUUCCCCUCCUCUAAGAAGUAGCUAUGCCGACAUUGGACAGAAUAGAUCUGGAGGUUAUUCUGAGUAUUAUUACAGUGAAAAGAGUCAAGUAGAAUUGAAAGAAGAUAAAAAAGAAACCUUGGGGAUCUCAGAUGCCUCCCAACUAUCCAAGCUAAGUGAUGAUAAAUAUUACAGCCAAAGAGACUUUCAAGAAGAAAGUCUAGACGAGUGUCAGACCCUAGAUAUCACCACAAAACAUGAGGAAACUGCCUCAUCACCUUGCACACACACCACCUUAACAUACUCUACUUCAACAUACUCCUCAUCGUACAGUUACUCGUCCUUACCCUCAACUUCAUGCCCUUUAAACCAACAAUUUGAAGAAAAAGUUGAAACUUUCACAACAAUAUCAAGCUCUGCAGUACCUCUAGCCAAAGAAGAGCCUUCAUUCACAACAGAGUCUAAAAGCUCCUGCUUUGGAGGGUCUCAGAGAGAUGAGUACAUGGAGGUGACAACAAAACCUGCAACUAAAGUGUCUUUACCCAGCCAGUUUGAUGAGACCAAACCAUUAACACCAGUCUUGUCUACCACUGCCAAACAGACUGAGGUUCAAAGCGGUUCUGCAAAGCCUGAAACAAAAUCAAGCACUGAUAGUUUUUAUAUGCUAGAAACUAAGAUUACAACAACCUCUGCAGCACCAUCUUUACAAAGUAUCAAAGCAGUAAGGGCCUCGGACAGCUUAUCCACAUCAGGGGCUCACUUUGAUGUUUCUCCCCUCCAAAGGGCUGAUUCCUCUGACAAGGUUUCCCAGGAGUCAUCAGAAGAUGAGGAGCCUGUUACACUUGAAAUGGAGGACAGCACCCUACCAUGUCGUAUUGAAUGUCAAAAAAUCAAAGUGGCUGAGCAAAAGGAAAGUUCUUCAUCAAUAACUGUGUCAUAUGGGGUACAAAGUACCACACAGUCCACAGAGACAAAGACCACCACCAUCACCUCUUCUACUGGUGUGUCUAAGCCUGACAUGGUGAUGGAAACAACUCAACAAACAGCCUCACUUACUUCCCUAAGGGAUAGUGGAGCCAGUAAAACCACAUGUGCCACAACAGAUGUGUCCAAAACAGAGGAGGCACAAGAGAAAAAAGGGAAAACACCAGAGGUAAAAGAGGAAACGACAAACAGAGCCAUUGCACCAUUGAAGGAAGAUGCAAAGGUGUCAAAUAAAGAUGACGAGACAGAGACUGCUAGUCAAGUCAAGCAGAAAAUAGGGGAAAAUAAACUUGAGGAAAAGGAGUGUAAAGACAGCACGGACGAAAAGAAGGCAACAGCUGAUCCAAAGAUGUGUGAAAAAGCAGAUGUUGGUAGAAGUGGAGAGGCAGAAAGAGUAGAGGAGAAAAACUUGUUAGAGAUGCCACCAGAGAGAUUGGAGGUUAGGAGAAGGAGCAGUAUAUCUGAUUGGGAGCUUCUACAGAGGCCUGAUGACUACCCAAGUGCCCCUCCUCCAGGUUAUGGUGAUGAUGAUGAGGAGGAUGAGGAAGCAAUGGAAGCGAUGGAAUGGAUGGCCAGUGUCCACAGUACCUCUAUGACCUCCUCAAUAGAUACCUAUCACACAGAAACAUCUAGCAAAGAAGCAGUAAGGGUUGAUCGUCCCUCUGACUUGAACACCGGAGCCACCUCCUCCUCUGCCUCCCCUCCAGGCUACUCCUCCUGCGAAUACAAACAUCGCAAAGGAGAACUUUCUCCAUCGUUCAUCAACCCGAGCCCUCAUCCCCUCUCCAGCGACGAGGGCGAGGGCAAAGAGGACAACCGCAGUGACCACUCCCAGGAAGGGGACGAGGACGAUCAGGAGCAACACUCUGUGAAACGGAGGUCGCACAAGCAAAGGCACCACCACACUCCAAGUUGCCAUGGAGAACCUGGACAUGGGCCACAACAGCUACCUGGCGCCAUGUCAUCUGGUUUGGCUGUGACGUUAGCUGGAGAGGAAACACCUCCGACAUCAGUGAGCGAGUCGCUGCCUUCGCAGUCCGAUUCUGACGUCCCUCCAGAAACCGAAGAGUGUCCAUCCAUAACAGCUGAAGGAAAUCUGGACUCGGAUGAAGACGCUGAACAUCUGCCGGUGGACAAAUUAUCUGGAGCUGGGGGUGGCCACCAUCCUUCAUCACCUAGGUCCGCUCAGAAGACUCAUGACCCUCCACCCACCCCGAUGAAGGACCCUCAUCCCCACCCUCCCCAUCCAGAUGUGUGCAUGGUAGAUCCAGAAGCUCUUCUUAAUGACCACAGCAGCACAGAGAAACUUCUUAAAAAGGAGCACAAGACCACCAAGGGCCUCCGAAAGGGGAAACCCAAGUCUGCCUCUCCCGCACGUAAGGGGGAAGUUAGGAAGAGGUCAUCUACUCCAGUGAAGCAGAUCUCCAAGGACUCCGCCUCACCUCGAUCAGCCUCCCUCAGGAGGAAGGACACAGACAGAAGCUCCAGACUGAUCAAAAUGUCUGAGACCCAAGGCUCCAGGAGCGAGAUCCUUAACCCGGGGAAAAGCUUGGUCAAUGGUGUCAAGAGCAGUUCAGGUAACAACUCUCAGAAAACUAGCUCGGCCGUCCCCCCUGGACCACCCGUCUACGUCGACCUGGCCUAUGUGCCCAACCACUGCAGUGCCAAGAAUGUGGACCAGGAAUUCUUCAAGAGAGUGCGAGCUGCGUACUACGUGGUUAGUGGGAACGAUCCGGGCAGCGGAGAGCCCAGCCGUGGAGCCCUGGACGCCCUGCUGGAGGGCAAAGCUCAGUGGGGCUCCAAUUUACAGGUGACUCUGAUCCCGACCCACGACACAGAGGUGACCCGGGACUGGUACCAGCAGACCCACGAGAGGCAGCAGGACCUGAACAUCAUGGUUCUGGCCUCCAGCAGCACCGUAGUCAUGCAGGACGAGUCCUUCCCUGCCUGCAAGAUCGAGUUCUGAGCUUGACGAGGCUAGCUUUGCUUCCCCUCACCACCCCUCCACCCCACACCGUCAUCUGUUCUCAACGGAAGUAGAGCGAGAGUGAACAGCCCUCUCUGCUUCUUGAAAGCUUCUCGCUCACCAUGGUAUUUGCUGCAACCCAUAAUACACUAGAUUCUUUUAGUUGAAAUCAAAGUCAAAAGUCUGGGUUUAUACUCGCUGUGACAGUGGGGUUUGUCCUAACAAUACCUUGGAUACAAGUACUUACAAUUGUAGUAAAAAUUUCCAAAACAUUUAAUAGCAUAAUCAUGCUUUCUUUGCCUCAUAAAUCUAUCUAGACAAAUGGACAUUAUUAUCCCACAAAUGCAUAAUGCUACAGUUAAACUAUAGAUUAGUAAAAUGUAUGUAAACAAAUCCCAAUUAACUUGGAAAUGUAAUACUCCCAAGUGGUAAAUUUCUCAUCCAAAAGGCCAAAACAAGUGCCAAACACUGUUAAAACAGAAGUUAUCCGUUAACUUCUCCAAAAUGUCUCCUAAAUUCAUCAGUGAUCAAUAAUUUGUUGCGAUUGUAGGCAGUGUUUUUAGAAGAGUAGACAUUUAUCGGUUUAUUUUCCGUCGGUGCUCAUCCUUUGCAAUUCUGAUCACGCUACAGUAACCUUUGGAUUAACUCGACAAUGACAUAAAUUGAUGUUAUGUAAAAGACAAAAAAAAAAAAAAAAAAUACAUUCCUUUUUGUUAUUCGUGGUGAAGUUUUAGGAGGUGCCUGAAGUUGCCACUGUGUGAAAUCUUUCUUCUUGGCUUUCACAGCUUAGCUUGUGCAUGAUGCUUGCGUUUUAGCUCGGACUCUUUGAGAUCUGCAAAGGGUUAAUCUUUUCUUAAGCCAGCCUUCAAGUGUGGAAUGCAGUAUAGUGUAGCUAGGUUACUACACUAUUUGGCUGUCUAUGCUAAAGUGAAUUCAGUAGGCGCCAGGCAAAUGGACGGUGUUUGUACACCAAUCAUCUCUCUGCUGGAUGUAAUGGUUCCUCUUUAAGUCUUCAUCAUGCUCUUUGUUGGUUCUAUGUACUCCAGUAUACAUAUAGGGUAAAUGUUUCUAUAUCAAUACAGAGGUUAUGGUCAAUAAAUUAUAUAUUUUGUGAUGAUGCAGCAACUUAAGAGGCGAAUGCAACAUUUUUGAUCAUGCAUUCGAGAAGGUUUAAUAACAUUAUCUGUCAUUUCCUCCUGUUCAGCUACGUUUUACCGUAUCUGUCAAUGUCACAAAGUGAUUGGGAAAAAAAAGCAAAAACAAGCAGUGACCUGUGACAAAUGUAGCAAUGGGUAGUGCCAGUGGGAACUGCAAUAUUAAUAUUUAUUGUUUGGGUUAUUUUUCAGGAUAAAAAGUGUGAAGUGUGUAACAGAAGGUUUCAUUGAUGUGCCUUUAGCUUGUGUUUUUGGAGAGAGGGGGGGGGGGGGGGGGGGGGGGGUAUAUUAAGGACAUGUCAGCCAUUUUUAAGCAGAGCCAGAAAUAAGCAGAGCCAGAAACCAGGAUACAGUUAAACGGAGAAACCAAGUACUCAACUUUGAAAUAGAGGACCAAACAGUUCACACAGUACACAAACAAACCUUAUCCACACUGAAAUAGUACUAGCACUAGAUACUACUCUGGAGCUAUAAAGCAGCACAGCGGCUCAGUGGUUAGCACUGCAGAGCUCGAUCACUGGUCUGGUCUCAUGCCCGGUCCGGGCAGGGCCUGUCUUUGUGGAGUUUGCAUGUUCGCCCUGUGUUUGACUGACUGGCUGCAGCUUCCUCCCACCAUAAAGACAUGCUACAUGCUAGGUAACUAGGACUACAGUUGAAAAUUAGCCGACUGGCUAACAGACUGGCUAACACUGACUGGCAAUUAUAGAAAUGCAAUUUCCUAAUCAAAUAAAUAAAUAAAUCUUAUGUAAUCCACAUUUGGAAAUGCCACUUUCAAAUAAAUAUGAAUGUCUUUGAGCAAAGUAUUGCACCAAAUAGGAGUGCACUUUUCUGAGAGUGUAGAAGAGUGUGUAGAGUGAGUGUGGUAGCAUUGUAUUAUAAAAUAAUGUACAAGACGUUCCUCCAAAGUGAGCUUGCUGUCAAGCAAGGGACAUCUUAAUUAUGAAGCAACUACCUAAUAUGAAUCCUAGAGUAAUAUUUAUAGAAUGCACAUGAAUGAUUAUGAUUGUACUGAUAUAAAAGGAGGAAUGUCUUGUGUGUGGAUGUGUGUGUGUGUGUGUGUGUGUGUGUGUGUGAGUGAGCAUACGAUACACACCGAGCUGCUGCACAGUGAUGGGGCGAGGGACUUUUCUGUGGGUUCAGUAUGAGAGGUCUUCCUGCUUGAUCACAGCCAGAUUGCAGAAUCACACAUAUGAUCACAUUAAAUUUACACAAGGCCGAGUUUUAUUUCUUUAUUUCUUAAUUCACAUUGAAUUUUGUCCAAACACAAUUGUGAUUAUUAUUUAUUUUUGGUCCUAAUAAGAAUUACAUUUCUGCCAAGAUGGCUCACCGCGUGAUUGUUAUUUUUGUUUGGUUUUGUAAGGACUGAUAUGAAACUAGGGGACGAGUCAGGCUGGGCGAUGGAGGAGGGGAGGCCUGGAUUUCUAUCGAUGACAGAUUGAUUUUUAGGAUGUUGCCAACUAUAAGCAGGGAGAAUGCUCUGCUUGCACAGUUUAAAGUUACUCCAUUCUUUCUCUCAAUCUGAUUCCGUCCAAUAUGGAGCGAACGCCACAGAAAGCUAGAGCGUGCUGUCAGCGGGUGCGAGCCUGGCACCGGUGCCAUUUUCAUUCCCUGUAAAACUCACACUACCUUAUACCUCAUCUUCCAAAGCCUCCUCCUUGCUCUUUGCUCCACCUGGCCUCCCUUCAAAUUAUACAUGUCCAUUAUGCACUGUGUAAGCCAUGAUAUGCAUCUCAUGUGUGUGUGAGGAUUCAGAGGCAGACAGCUUUUUUUCAUCCCACUGGGGAGAAUCUGAUUUGGUGCAGGUUGUGUAUGAAACAGCUGGGCACGCAAAAAUAUACACCCCAGUGUUGAAGAAGCUGUUUAACUGAAGGGCACAUUAAAACGUGCACACUGAGGGGAUAGAGAAAGUUUAAAAUGACUCGUUUGGAAAAACAAGCAAAAGGUCCUUUUUAGCCCCUCUUCAAUGCUGUCUGGAAACGUGUCCAAACAGCCAGAAAAAAAGCUUAUUAAGGUCUGAAAUGUUGUACUGUCUUUGAAUAAUGUUUUUAGGUUGGCAGAUUCCAAAUACCCAGCUUUGAGAUCGUCAAAGCAUCAGUAGAACGCUGUGAAUCACUCAAUACUGAACUGUAUGACUAUACAGAAGCUGAAUGCACUAUAGAGGAGAUCUAUUUUUCUGAAUGUAGAGUUGGUACUACCAUGCAAAUACGAAUGCUGCUGGAUCAAAACGAGAGAGAAAAAUAAAUACAACAACAACAACAACAACAACACAGUCAUACCAGCCUGGACAGAAAUACAUUUUAGGGAGGACAGCAUGAGAGCAGAUGGCAUGGUUCUGCUCCAGAAGAGACGUUUGACUUAUGAUAUGACAGAAAACAACCGAGAUCCCGUAACAUAAUGACAUAACAUAUUAACAGUAACACAUAAAUAGUACUAAUAGUACUUUUCCUUUUCCUGAAUGACUUGAAAACACAUGCAGACUCAAAAACCAUUGAUGAAAUUAAACAAAUGCUACACGCACAUUUAUGUACUGUGCACAGAUUUGUACAUAUCGCUCUAGAGAGAACAAAUCAAAGAUAUAACAAGCUAUCCUUCUUGCGACACCUGUUCAUUUUUGCUGGUUUUAGUGACAAAACUGCUAACUUCAUACUCUAUGAAACAAGAAAACUAUACAAAACCGCUGACAAGAAACAAAAAAGAUAAAGAAAAAAAAAGCAUUGUUUAGUUUAAUUUCAUCGCCAUGCCUACAUUGAAAUGAAGAUUUCAUUUGAUCAAAAUAUGGUGUCAUCUGUCCAUCUAAUCUCUCUGCAUGUGAUUUAUUUAGUUAUAAUCCUGAAUGUAAUUGUUUAACAUGGAAAUAAUAAUAAAAAAAAAAUAUGAUAUUUUAAAGGGGUAUAUUUGAAAAAAAAAAGAGCUAAUUGUCUUAACUGGUACUGAAAUGACCUACCGUAAUAUAAUACUGGGCUGUGCUUUUAUUGUUUGCCCUAUUAACAUGUUGUUAAGAAGAUGCUGUAUUGGUAGUUCUGUUUGAUUCUCUUUUUUUCUCUUUUUUUUUUUGCAUUGUAUUAAUUACGUUUUUCUUCCUCAAUGCAAUAUUCAAUAUCUCUUUGUCUCUUUAAAUCUAACUGGUUAAACUAGAACUACUGCAGAUUCAUUGUAAAAGGGAAACAGCCUGGUGAUCAUCAAUUAAAGUACAUUUAAAUCUAAA